UUAAGCACUUCAUGGACCAACUUAACAUUGCAAUGCUAAUAUUCACAACUAUAGCAUUGUUUCUAUCACGUGCCGAGGCCAUGCGUAAGUGCGGGAAUUGCGGUUUGAACCCGGUUCCGUAUCCGUUAAGCACUGGACCCGAUUGUGGUGACCCGUGGUACAAGAUUCGGUGCACCGCGGGUACACUGUGGUUGGAUGCACUCGCCGGGUCAGCCUACAUGAUCAGCUCCAUUGACCCGUUAACCCGUAGUAUCAUAACCCGACCCGCUUCAAUUACACCAAAGACAUGCGUGUCCACGGACUUCCACAGCGAAGGCAUGCACCUGAACGAAACCCUUCCUUUCAGUGUGGCUUCAGGAAACACCGUUUUUCUCUUCAACUGCACCACCCACGCGCCUUCGAUGAACUGCGCCGCAAGCGGCACGUGCCACAGGUAUGUUAAGGAGCACGCGGAUUUCGGCGCGUGCGGGCGCGUGGGAGUGUGCUGCGAGUACAAGAGUGCUGGAUCCCUCAAAGAAUAUGUGGUUCGGGUACACGGCGGAGGAUGCGCGGCGUAUCAGAGUUUUGUGGAUUUUAACGGCACGGCGGCGGGAAAGCGGUGGCCGGAGCCUGGGGUAGGGAUCAAGUGGGUGGCACCACAGGAACCGGUUUGUAAGGCGCCAAUAGAUUGCAAGGAAUUGUUGAACUCGAAAUGUGGAGUGGGCCCCGCUGGUGGUGUUGUGCAAAGGUGCUUGUGCAAUGUUGGGUUUAAGUGGGACCCGAUCAAUGGUUCGUGUCAACCUCAAGCCCAGACACAGAAUACAAAGGGCAAAGGACAUGGAAAAGAUAGCAACGGCAAAGUUCGGAAGAAAAAGAAAAUGCUUCUGGCUGUGGUUGCUUCCUUAGGAGGAAUAUUCUCUAUUGUAACAGUUAUAGGAGUCAUUUUCUACAAGAAGCAUAAUCAAGCAAAGCAGGCCAAAAUCAAAAAGAGGAAAGAAAUCUCAAGUGCCAAAGCCAAUGCUUUAUCAUCAAGAAUCUUCACUGGUAGAGAGAUAAGAAAAGCAACCAACAAUUUCUCCCAAGAAAACCUCGUUGGCACUGGUGGCUUUGGUGAAGUCUUCAAGGGAACAUUUGACGAUGGAACCGUCUUUGCCAUCAAACGUGCCAAGCUUGGAUGCACCAAAGGCAUUGAUCAAAUGCAAAACGAGGUCCGAAUUCUCUGCCAAGUAAACCACAGAAGCCUAGUUAGACUCCUUGGUUGUUGCUUGGAACUUGAAAACCCUUUGCUAAUAUACGAGUACGUCUCAAAUGGGACCCUUUUCGACUACCUUCAUCGCUACUCUUCUGGCUCUAGGGAACCCCUCAAAUGGCAUCAAAGACUCAAAAUUGCACACCAAACAGCUGAAGGGCUUUGCUAUCUGCAUUCAGCAGCCGUGCCACCAAUUUACCACCGCGACGUGAAAUCAAGCAACAUACUUCUUGAUGACAAGCUUGAUGCAAAAGUUUCUGAUUUUGGGCUAUCUAGGCUUGUUGAAUUGGCUGAAGAGAACAAGAGCCAUAUUUUCACUAGUGCUCAAGGGACACUGGGGUAUCUAGACCCCGAGUAUUAUCGUAACUUUCAGUUGACGGAUAAGAGCGAUGUUUAUAGCUUUGGAGUGGUGUUGAUGGAGUUGCUCACUGCUCAGAAGGCUAUUGAUUUCAAUAGGGAAGAAGAGAGUGUGAACUUGGCCAUGUAUGGGAAGAGGAAAAUGGUUGAGGACAAGUUGAUGGAUGUGGUUGAUCCUCUGCUUAAAGAGGGAGCUAGUGCGUUGGAAUUGGAAACUAUGAAGUCAUUGGGGUAUCUUGCAACUGCAUGCGUGGAUGACCAGAGGCAAAAACGGCCUUCAAUGAAAGAAGUAGCUGAUGAUAUUGAAUAUAUGAUUAAAAUUGUUAAGGGUCAGGUUUCCAAAUCAUGAAUGUGUCUAUUUGGGAAGCGAAACACUCGAUCUCUAUCCAUCUCUUUUUAAUAGAUUCUCUUCUAAUAGUUGAAAUUCGCGCAGUCUUGUUAAUUUGGAAAUAAGAUCCAUCAGUUGAGGAAUGAGACUACAUGAAUUUCACCAACAAGAGAGUUUAUUAGAAAGAAUAGAAAAAGUGUUAAAAAGUAUGAUGUCAGUUAGCACUUAGCUAUGCCACCAAAGAAUUACUGGGCAAAAAUGUACCCUGAUGAAAAAAGAAAAACAUUUUGGUUUAAAAUUUGCCAAAUUCUCCUGGUGAUAGUUGCAGGGUUCAAAUACAUAUGUAUGAGUAAUAGAAAGAUU